UGAGUCGCCGACAUCCGUCACAGCUUGGUAGCGUCAGCAUGAGGGAGGUUCUCUCACAUCAAUUGGACGUAACCGAAGUACUAGUCAUGAAAAGGACUGAACAAAAACGUGGAAAAACGAAAUGGGCUUCAUCGUACGCUCGAACUGCCCUCUUCCGCUCCUUAUCCGCUACGCGACGCUGCUUGUGUCGUUGCAGGCGCAGGCCGUCCUCGGGAUCCAUCUACAACUUCUUUUUGGGGUCGCAAUAGCCGAUAAGGGGACUGUAGUGAGAAGGGAGAGAGCGGACAGUGCCGAUCAACAGGGCCAGGCGAGGACCCGGGCCGGUGGAAGAGGACUCUCUCUCUCUCUCUGUGUGUGUCUGUCUCUGUUGUCUCUCUGGCUUGGUCUUCUUUGUGUUUAGGGAGGUUUGUUUAACUCUCCGCGGAAAGUGUUUCCCAAGUGACCCCGCCGUAACGAAGAGUCCGUGUUCAGAAAGGAAAGUCUGGUCUUGUCUUGGGUCUUUCUCUCAAUGCCCUUGCAAUUCCUCGGGAGGUGAGUGGGCAAGGUAUGCGGGUGGAUAAAGGAAUGAGUGAGUGAACGACAGUGGUUGUUCCAAGUU